GGUUCUGUCGCGGGUUCACCCACUGACUGAGCUCAAUCGCAAAGCAAGUGAUCGUCGCGUGCACUUACUGUGUGUGUGUGUGUGUGUGUUUGUGAGGAUUGGGGGUGGAGCACUACUGGGUGGCAAUGGGUGGAGUAUGGAGUUUUCGAUCGUGUGUUGUGGUGGUGGCGUUGGUGCUGGUGUGGGGAUCCGUGGCACAAGCUGUGCAGUUUGAGGUGAGCGCUCGGACUACCAAGUGCAUCGCCGAGGAGAUUCAGAACCACGUGGUUGUGGUCGGGGACUACAAGAUCGUGCACAGCGAUGAAUCGCAUAAGAUCACCGUGAAGGUAACUUCGCCUUAUGGAAAUCAAUUACAUUACCAAGAGAAUGUCCAGUCGGGCCAGUUUGCAUUUACAACUUCAGAAACCGGCAAUUUUAUGGCCUGCUUUUGGAUGCUGAAUGCUCCUUCUACGGCGACUGUCAAUGUCGCUCUGGACUGGAAGACAGGAGUCGCUGCCAAAGAUUGGGCAUCUAUCGCGAAGAAGGAUAAGCUCGAUGGAAUGGAGCUUGAGUUGAGAAAGUUGGAGGAAGCUGUGGGUUCAAUCCACAGUGAGAUGCUGUAUUUGCGAGAGAGGGAGGCGGAGAUGCGUGACUUGAAUGAACUAACGAACUCAAGAGUGGCAUGGUUUGGGAUUAUGUCUCUCUUCGUGUGCCUAGGAGUAGCAGGAUGGCAGUUAUGGCAUCUGAAGACAUUUUUUGAGAGGAAAAAGCUCUUGUAGUGUGUUGCGGAAAUAUUAGGUUGAGUGUUGCUCUGCUUUUAAGCCUCGGUUCAAAAGUAAAGUUACAUUUCCAUGACGAGAAAACAUCAAAAUCAUCAAGAUGGUAAUGACUGAACACAUAUGGUUAGUAAUCCUCUAGCUUUGCAGCUUGUUUUGUGCCCAACUUUCUUUGUACCAAAUAUCUGUUCAGAAAUGGCGAAAUUCAAAUGAUCGAAGUCAUCAAAUGA